UUGAUACUUUUCACACAUGGAUAAUAUAAAUGUACGUAUGCACCUUUUAGCCUCUUAGAAGCAUAUAGAGAUAUGCUGUUAAAGGGUAGUCUGAGUGUCUAAGCAACCGAAAGGGAGUAAUUCUAAGAUUCAUCCUGAAGCUACAUUCUCUAUUUUCUUAAGUUCUUUAAACCUUCAGCUAGUAUCACAAUUCCUUCAUUUCACAUUUUCUUGUAAGGGUCUUAAUAUGGAUUUCUAUGACGAAAAUCGGGCAAUUAUCUGUGAUAACGGGUCUGGUUUAGUUAAGGCUGGUUUUGCUGGAGAUGAUGCACCAACUGUAGUUAUACCUAGCAUACUAGGACGCCCGAAAAACAUACACGCAAUGAUUGGCGUUGGACAGAAGGACACGUACAUUGGAGAUGAAGCGCAAGCAAGGCGGGGUAUUCUUCAGUUAAGUUACCCUGUUGAGCAUGGGAUUGUGAGAGACUGGUCGGCCAUGGAGAAACUAUGGGAGCACACGUUCGAUAAAGAACUCAGGGUUCUUGUUGACCAACACCCUGUACUCCUUACAGAAGCACCAUUGAAUCCCAAAACUAAUCGAGAGAAAAUGAUGGAGAUCAUGUUUGAAGCGUUUGAAGUUCCGGCCACCUAUAUUGCAAUACAGGCCGUGCUUUCCCUGUACGCCAGUGGCCGAACCACAGGUAUUGUGAUGGACUCUGGAGAAGGUGUGUCACAUGUUGUCCCAAUUUAUGAAGGAUAUGCCCUUCCACAUGCUAUCGAACGACUCGACUUAGCAGGGAAGCACCUAACAGACAGCCUUACUAAGAUCCUAACAGAAGAUGGUCAUAUGUUCACCACAGCAGCAGAGAAGGAGAUUGUUCGCGACAUAAAGCAGCGACUAACCUAUGUUGCACUCGACUACGACAACGAACUGGAAGAAUCAAAGCAAAACUCAGAACUAGAACAGAUGUACGAGUUACCAGACGGGCAGAUCAUAACAGUAGGAGCAGGAAGAUUUCGGUGUCCCGAAGUCAUGUUUGAUCCUAGCAAGAUAGGGAUGGAAUCUGGUGGAAUUCAUGAAAUUGUUUACAAAUCGAUUAAUAAAUGCGAUAUGGAUAUCAGAAGAGAUAUGUAUGCAAAUGUGGUACUCAGUGGAGGAAACACUUUGAUACCUGGGUUGGCUGAACGAUUGGCGAAAGAACUAUGUACCUUAUCACCAUCUGCAGUUAGAGUGAGAGUGGUUGCUCCUCCUGAUAGAAAGUACAGCGUAUGGAUCGGAGGCUCUAUCUUGGCUUCACUUAGCUCUUUUGAACAGAUGUGGAUUACCAAAGACGAGUAUCUGGAGUCUGGUUCUUCUAUUGUUCAUAUGAAGUGUUUCUGACAACCUGUGUAACAUAAACUGAACAAAAUGUUGUAAAGUAACCAAAAAAUUCAAAUGUAACGAUGAGAAGCCAAGAUUUUAGAA